AUGUCGGAAGUGAUACAGAAUUUCUUGGCUGGUGGAGCAUGUACCGUCAUCGUCGGCCACCCAUUCGACACCGUCAAAGUUCGACUUCAAACGAUGCCAAGGCCUCCUCCCGGCCAACCGCCAUUGUUCACGGGAGCCCUGGAUUGUGCCAAGCAAACUGUCGCUCGGGAAGGCUUCAAAGCGCUGUACAAAGGAAUGUCAGCACCGCUAGCCGGAGUUUCGCCCCUGUUCGCCGUCUUUUUCGGAGGAUGUGCCGUCGGCAAAUACAUACAACAGAAGAAUCCGGAGGAUGAGAUGACCUUCGUGCAGAAUAUGAAUAGCGGUGCCCUGGCCGGCGUGUUUACCACGGUCAUCAUGGCGCCAGGAGAGCGCAUCAAAUGUCUCCUCCAGGUCCAAUCGGCCGGUCACGGGCCAUCUGGCGUCCAUUAUGAUGGACCCCUGGACGUCGUGAAGAAGCUCUACAAACAGGGUGGCAUUGCCUCCAUCUACAAAGGGACCUGCGCGACACUCUUGCGCGAUAUCCCGGCGUCGGCUGCCUAUCUGUCCGUCUACGAAUUUUUGAAGAAGUCGUUCAGCGGCGACACUGACAAGAAGCUCUCCCCGGGUGCGGUGCUCCUAGCCGGUGGAUUGGCCGGAAUCGCCAAUUGGUCUGUCUGCAUUCCGGCCGACGUCCUGAAGUCGAGAUUACAAACGGCUCCUGAGGGCAAAUACCCGGAUGGUAUUCGUGGUGUCUUCAAGGAAGUGAUGAGAGAAGAAGGGCCAAAGGGUCUCUUCAAGGGUUUUACGCCCGUGAUGCUACGUGCGUUCCCAGCAAAUGCGGCCUGCUUCUUCGGGCUUGAGCUAACCCUCUACGUUUUCCAAAUGUUCAAG